AUUUGAAAUGCAAUAAAACAUGUACAACACAGCACAACUCUUGUAUCUACUCUACUUCUAAAUCCAGCACUACCAACCAUACUUUUAUCGUAAUUGCAUGAUUUUGCGUUUGGAACUACACAAAUAAAGUAAAUACAAAGAACGAGUCGAUCUAAAAAAAACAUCAGUUUCAAAAAUAUAACCAAAAUGACAAGUUGCUGUUCUAAUAACCAAGAGAGUAUCUUGAACAAAUCCUUUCGAAGGCAAUUGACGGCCACAUUAUCCGUUAUUUUAAUCUCAUAUAGUUAUGGAAUCGGCUUGGGAUGGCUUUCACCGAUGCUUUUGAUAUUUCAAUCGGAAAAUUCGCCAUUAAUGUUUAAAGUCACCGUAGAAGAAGUUUCAUGGAUUGGAUCCCUCACGAGCAUAGGGUCAAUGGCUGGAACAAUAGGAUUUGGAGUCUUAUUGGAUCUUGUAGGACGAAAAAUAUCCUUGUACUUAAUGCCUUUACCACACAUAGCAUUUUGGAUCAUUAUUUACUUCGCUAAUGAAGUCUAUCAUCUCUACAUAGCCCGAUUUCUGGGAGGCCUAACAGGUGGUGGUAUAUUUGUGGUAAUUUCAAUCUUUAUUGCCGAAAUAGCUGAUCCUAAAAUUCGCGGUUCCCUGGGAUCACUUUUUAUAUUUUCAAUAAACAGCGGCAUGGUAUCUGGUUUCGUGAUUGCUUCCUACAUUCCUUAUUAUGUGAUUCCUGGAGCUAUUUUGACUUUGCCUAUUUUCAACUUGUUACUUUUACUAAGAUAUCCGGAAACACCACAGUACCUGCUACGAAAAGGACUAACUGCAUCCGCAGAAAAAUCAUUUAAAUUUUACAAGAAUUUCAGUAACGAAAGUAAAGAACAUGAUCAGCAAAUAUGUGCUGAUUUCAAUGAACUAAAAAUGAAUAUUCAGUCAUCUGAAAAUCAGAAAAAAGUAACAAUUCUUGAUUUCUUAACUAAAAGAUCUCUGAAUGCUCUUGGCAUUGGAAGCAUUUUAAUGGGAGUUUAUAUGCUCUCUGGAAAUUUUGCCAUAAUCAAUUAUUCGUCUUUGAUUUUUGCUGACGCAGGUUCAAUAUUGUCUCCAAACGCAAGCUCAAUAAUUGUUGGAAUUGCUCAGAUAUUAGGAUCGUGCAGCGCAACAAUUUUAGUAGAUAGACUUGGAAGAAAGUUUUUGAUGUUGCUUUCUACAAUUUCCCUUUCUUUGGGUUGCAUUAUCGUUGGAGCAUAUUCAUAUUUUUCACACCACAACGAUUUGAGCGGCUAUGAAUGGAUUCCUCUGAUUAUGAUUUCGUUCGUUAUUUUUUCAGCAAAUUUGGGAGUAGUUUCGGUAUCUUUUGUAAUCCUUGUUGAAGUUCUUCCCUUAAAGAUUCGAUCUCUGGGGUCAACGUUUUGCUUAGUUCUCAUGGGACUUUUUGCAACCAUUGCUUUGAAGGCGUUCCCAGUUUUAAUGACAAUCAUCGGACUAAGUGGGGUCAUGUGGAUAUGUGGUGGAGUUGCACUGUUUGGAUUUAUAUUCAACUUAUUAUAUUUAAAAGAAACAAAAGGAAAGUCAUUGGAUCGUGAAAAUAACUAGGAGCCCAAUGUUUUAGGGUGAUUUAUGUAUAUGUAACUUGCUCCUGGGAAUAAAUCUAUUGGAAGCUGAUUUGAGAUUUAAUUAAAAUAGAAAAUUUUUCUCUCAGCUAUUCAACUUAUAACUGAUUUGAUGAAAAAGAGAACAUAAUUUUUGUAGUAAUUUAAGUUUUCUGUACAUAAAAACUUAUUAAUUUUAAAUAAAUUUAACAUAGUUAUAGAAGUAUUUACUGUCCACAAGGUUGAA